UUCUACGCCAUGUGCGGUGGAGCCAAAGAAGACACCGCAUAACUUUGAGAAUCAGAACACCAAGAUGGGUACCACCCAUUCUCCCAUGAUGGGUGACCACCAGUCCGCUGACAACGGUUCCACCUGCGACACCCUGUAUGACCACAGGAGCUACGCCCGAGUCUUAAUGCCACUCGUUUACUGCGCGGUCUUCCUAGUGGGUCUGCUGGGCAAUGCCCUGGCGCUACACGUCAUCCGCCCCAACCUGAAAAAGAUGAACUCCACCACCUUGUACUCGCUCAACUUGGUGAUUUCGGACAUCCUCUUCACACUGUCACUUCCUGUGAGGAUCACAUACUAUGCGCUGGGUUUCCACUGGGCCUUGGGUGAGGCUCUGUGCAAAAUCUCAGGCCUCAUCUUCUACAUCAACACCUACGCCGGUGUCAACUUCAUGACCUGCCUGAGCAUCGACCGUUUCAUCGCAGUCGUCCUGCCCCUGCGCUUUUCCCGGCUGCGCAAUGUUAGCAACGUGCGCUAUAUCUGUGUCGGCGUGUGGCUGCUGGUCCUGGCGCAGACACUCCCACUCCUUGGCAUGGCAAUGACCAAUGUCGAACCGGACGGCUUCAUCACCUGCAUGGAAUACCCUAAUUUCGAGAAAGUAGACCACAUCGCAACCAUCCUCAUCGGCGGAGUGUUCCUCGGUUAUGUCAUCCCCGUAAUCACCAUCCUGAUGUGCUACUCCAUCCUUUGCUCCAAACUCCACUCCACAGCGAAGACCAACCACCUCACGGAAAAGUCUGGACGCAGCCGCAAGGCCAUCGGCGUCAUCUGCUGCGUGUCGCUGGUUUUCGUGGUCUGCUACAGUCCCUAUCACAUCAACAUCCUGCAGUACAUGAUCCGCAAGCUCGUGUCCAGCCUGGACUGCACCGACCUGACUGCCUUCCAGGUGUCGCUGCACAUCACGGUGUGUCUGAUGAACCUCAACGCCUGCUUGGACCCCUUUGUCUACUUCUUCGCAUGCAAGGGUUACAAGAGGAAGCUCCUGAAGCUGCUUAAGCUAGAGGUCAGCGUGUCCGUCUCCAGCGUUGCCAAAACUUUGCCCGAAAUCUCUCUGAAGGAAAAUAUUGAUGGCAACAACAUUCAGCUCAGCGGUUCUGCUGCUGGCUCAGGCAACGAGAAGCUGAUGGAGAGGAGAUCGCAGCUCUAUGUGUAAACAAGAGGAAUAGUGGAGGGACCGAAGCAAAGACAUUUCGGGUGACAGAGGUCCAAUGUCCACCAGGAGCGUUUCAAAGGUCAUUACAGGCAACAUCUGUUGGGCCAUCUGGUUUCUAAAAGAACAGAUUAGAACUUUGUCUGUUUACCUCUCAAGAACUUCCCAGUGAAACGGUUGGCAAUGACACCAACUAGAUUGUACGAACAUUGACCAACUUCAGGCUAUGAACCUGGACUUGAGCCUUCCUGCUUUGCCUGAAACUACUUCAUUUUUGUUCUAUUUAGCUGCAAUUUCCAGAAGUCACUUAUAAGAGACUGAGGCUUUUUUUUCGACAUGUACAGGGUGUUUUGAAGAAUCUUAAAUAAAUAAAUACAACAAA